GCCGCAGUGCGGCCGUGGAGGAGCAGGAGGAAGCCGACAUGGCGAGCCGAGCCCCGUGUAGCGGCGGCGCAAGCGCGGCAGCCGGAGCGGAUGGGGAGCAGGGAGCGAAGUUUUCUUCGUUUGUUAAUCCCUUUGGAUGCUGCUCCCUGGGAGGACUGGGGAGUUGCUCCUGUUUUGCUCACGUGACUGGACUUUACACUCAUUUACUGAUAAUACGGGCACAGCCAUCUUGUUUGUAAACUAGAGGCAGAAACAGAAAGAAUUCCGUGCUGCAAGGGAAGUACUGUUUUAUCGAGCACUGCUGACAAACACAGCUCUGAAUUAGAAGCUGAUGACAUGGAUUACUCAUUUACAGAUUUUACUCUUAGCUACGAAGAAGAUGGGACUUCUUUUAUUUUUAAUGAUUUUCCAGUGUGCCAUAAACAGUGUCAAUACCUACAGUGUUUCAAAUCCCAAUGUCGUUUUACUGAUAGCUGAUGAUCUUGGUAUUGGAGACCUGGGAUGUUAUGGGAACAGAACUUUAAGAACACCUAAUAUUGACAGGCUAGCAAAAGAAGGAGUGACACUUACUCAGCAUUUAGCUGCAUCACCACUGUGUACUCCAAGCAGGGCAGCUUUCCUGACAGGGAGAUACCCUAUCAGAUCAGGAAUGGCUGCUUUUUCACGAGUUGGUGUCUUCCUAUUUUCUGCUUCUUCUGGUGGACUUCCUUCUGAAGAAAUAACAUUUUCCAAACUCCUGAAGCAAAGAGGUUAUACAACAGCUCUAAUAGGAAAGUGGCAUCUUGGGAUGAACUGUGAAAGCAACAAUGACUUCUGUCACCACCCCCUCAGUCAUGGAUUUGAUUACUUUUAUGGGCUUACUGUGACCAACCUUAGAGACUGCAAGCCUGGCCAAGGCAGCGUGUUUUUAAAAGGGGUUCAGAGGUACCUUGUCAUCCUAAUCCAAAUCCUUGGAGUCACCGUGGUCUCAUUGGCAAUAGUGCAUUAUAUUGGCUUCUUCAAAGUACCUUUCCAAGCACUAGGCAUCUGUCUGUUAAUAACCUGUAUUUCACUUGCAGUUUUGAUUUUUUUCUUUUAUCAUUUCCGACACCUGAACUGCUUUUUAAUGAGGGACCAUCAGAUAAUCCAGCAGCCAUUAUCCUAUGAGAAUCUUACUCAGAGGCUGACAACAGAAGCUGUACGGUUUAUAGAAAGGAACCAUAAUGCACCAUUUCUUCUUGUCCUGUCUUAUCUUCAUGUCCAUACUGCUCUAUAUGCUUCAAAAAUGUUCAGAGGAAAAAGCAGGCAUGGAUUAUAUGGAGAUGCUGUGGAAGAAAUGGAUUGGAGUGUAGGACAGAUUCUGGAUGUGCUGGAGAAUUAUAAUCUGAGCAACAGAUCUCUUGUAUACUUUUCAUCUGACCAAGGGGCUCAUAUUGAAGAAAUCUCUAGUUCUGGAGAAGUCCAUGGAGGUUGCAACGGUAUAUAUAAAGGUGGAAAAUCAACUAACUGGGAAGGAGGUAUUCGUGUGCCAGGGCUUCUCCGUUGGCCUGGAGUGAUUCAGGCUGGCACUUAUAUUGAUGAUCCAACGAGUAACAUGGAUAUUUUUCCUACCAUUGUCAAACUAGCUGGGGCACAGUUACCCUAUGACAGAAUUAUUGAUGGACAUGAUCUGAUGCCUUUACUUCAAGGAAAAGUUAUGCGGUCGAAGCAUGAAUUUCUCUUCCAUUAUUGUAAUGCAUAUUUAAAUGCAGUGCGCUGGCAUCCGGGAAACAGUGAAUCCGUCUGGAAAGUCUUUUUCUUCACUCCAAACUUCACUCCUGAGGAUUCCAAUGGUUGCUAUGACUCUCAUGUUUGCUUUUGCUAUGGAGGUUUCAUCACACACCAUGAUCCCCCACUGCUCUUCGAUCUCUCCAGGGACCCUGAAGAGAAAGUCCCACUGACCCCAGAAACAGAGAGCCGGUUCUAUGAAAUUCUCAGUGUCAUACAGCGAGCAGUAGAUAACCACACCAGAUCGCUUCAAGUUGUCUCUGACCAGCUGUCCUGGAACAAUCUUGUCUGGAAGCCAUGGCUACAGCUGUGUUGCUCAUCCUUCUUUCAGUUUUGCUACUGUGACUAUGACUCAGAAAACGGCCUGUCAGAGGUACAUUCUGGAUAAACUUCCUUGUUUUCCUUCUCAGAACAAGGAGAAUGUCUAGGUAGCUUUAGAAGAACUUGUUAUAUAGGAUAUACUGUCUUUAGUACAAUAUUACAGUAGAAUUUCAGAAAACAUGCAAUGAGAAGGAGCUUAAAAAACAUCUUCUCUGACUUAAUAAUACAAUAAAUGGUAUAAAACAGGUUUUGCUGCCCUUAUCUACCAAAGCAUACCUUUUCUAGAGAUCAUUUUUCACAUCUUCAGCUUCAAAAUUGUUCUUACACACUGAGGAAUUUUCUUACUGUUUCUGUCAACUACAGCCACUAAAUGCACACUCAACAGUCCUUUUCAGUAUUAUCCACUGCCAUUGGGACAUUCUCCCAAAAAUUAACAAAUAGAGAUAUAAUGAUGAAAAGGUUAGUGUAACUAUAUUUUGAUAACUGAUAAGUAAUGAACAGAUUCAACAACUAUCAGUGAUAUAAAAUAGAAUUAUAAAAUUGCUCAUGUUGGAAAAAAACCUUAAUGAUCAUUGAGUCCAACCACAACCUAACCAAACUACCCUUAACCCUAACAGCCCUCUGC